AUGUUGGACUGGACCUCAUAUGUAAAGUUUGUUUGUGAUCUAGAAGGGAAAAGGUACGAUCAAUCCAAUAAUGAAGAUGUGAAAUUGUGAUUAAACAUAACUCAAAUGAUAUGUAAACAUAACCCGAGACUGUAUAUUUCUAAAAUUGCUUCCCUUCCAAAUAUAGUUUGUUUGUUUUUUGAAUUAGACAUAGAAGCAUUGCAAAUUCAAAAACAAAUUGCAAAGUUUAGACAAAAAGUGCUGAUUUAAAAAAAAAAAAAUCUAACCCAGUUACAGUCACACCAUGGGUAUUUUAGUCUUAUAAUUUGUAAUUUAGUUUCAAUUCACUAUAAUCCAACAUUUAGUGAAUAAAUGCCAAUGUUAGUCCUUUAUUUUUAUGGUUUGUAGUGUAUGGAACUAUAACUUGAGAGCAUCAAAGGGUUCAUAUAUGUCAAUUUGCUGAGACCACUCUGUCUCCAGAUGACUUUGUGUGGUGGAUCAGAAAAUCUGUUCUUCAACUACACAGAUAUUUCUUCUCUAAUAUUAUAUUAUAUAUCAUUUAUAUAAUAUUAAAUCAAUAUUAAUUAAAUCAAGGCCCAAGCUAGUAGCUUGAACAAUUAACAGAACUGUCAGGGUAUGGGACAUCAAACAUUGGAAAUAUUAUAUAAAUGUUGAGGGAAAAUUGGCAUGUACACUGACUGGCCAAAAAAAAAGUCACCACCAAAAAAAAAAGGUCACACACUCUAACAUUUCCUUGUAGCACCUUUAGCUUUGAUUAUGGCAUGCACUUGCUGUGGCAUUGUUUCGAUAAGCUUCUGCAAUAUCACAAGAUAUAUUUCGGUCCAGUGUUGCAUUAGUUUUUCACCAAGAUCUUGUACUGAUGAUGGGAGAGUCGGACCACUGUGCAAAGCCUUCUCCAGCACAUCCCAAAGAUUCGCAGUUCUGGAAUCUGUGGUGGCCAAUCCAUGUGUGAAAAUGUUGUCUCAUGCUCCCUGAACCACUCUUACACAAUUUGAGCCAGGUGAAUCCUGGCAUUGUCACUUUGGAAUAUGCCGUGCCAUCAGGGAAGAAAAAAUCCAUUGAUGGAAUAACCUGGUCAUUCACUAUAUUCAGGUAGUCAGCUGACCUCAUUCUUUGGGCACAUAAUGUUGUUGAACCUAGACCUGACCAACUGCAGCAACCCCAGAUCAUAGCACUACCCCUACAGGUUUGUACAGUAGGCACUAGGCAUGAUGGGUGCAUCACUUCAUCUGCCUCUCUUCUAACCCUGAUGCACCCAUCACUCUGGAAUAGGGUAAAUCUAGACUCAUAAGACCACAUGACCUUCUUCCAUUGCUCCAGAGUCCAAUUUUUAUGCUCCCUAGCAAAUUAAAGACAUUUUUCCGAUUAGCUUCACUUAUUAGUGGCUUUCUUAAGGCUACACGGCUGUUCAUUCCAAAUCCCUUGAGUUCCGGUCGCAUUGUGCGUGUGGAAAUGCUCUUACUUGCACUGUUAAACAUAACCCAUAGUCUUAUAAUUUGUAAUUUAGUUUCAAUUCACUAUAAUCCAACAUUUAGUGAAUAAAUGCCAAUGUUAGUCCUUUAUUUUUAUGGUUUGUAGUGUAUGGAACUAUAACUUGAGAGCAUCAAAGGGUUCAUAUAUGUCAAUUUGCUGAGACCACUCUGUCUCCAGAUGACUUUGUGUGGUGGAUCAGAAAAUCUGUUCUUCAACUACACAGAUAUUUCUUCUCUAAUAUUAUAUUAUAUAUCAUUUAUAUAAUAUUAAAUCAAUAUUAAUUAAAUCAAGGCCCAAGCUAGUAGCUUGAACAAUUAACAGAACUGUCAGGGUAUGGGACAUCAAACAUUGGAAAUAUUAUAUAAAUGUUGAGGGAAAAUUGGCAUGUACACUGACUGGCCAAAAAAAAAGUCACCACCAAAAAAAAAAGGUCACACACUCUAACAUUUCCUUGUAGCACCUUUAGCUUUGAUUAUGGCAUGCACUUGCUGUGGCAUUGUUUCGAUAAGCUUCUGCAAUAUCACAAGAUAUAUUUCGGUCCAGUGUUGCAUUAGUUUUUCACCAAGAUCUUGUACUGAUGAUGGGAGAGUCGGACCACUGUGCAAAGCCUUCUCCAGCACAUCCCAAAGAUUCGCAGUUCUGGAAUCUGUGGUGGCCAAUCCAUGUGUGAAAAUGUUGUCUCAUGCUCCCUGAACCACUCUUACACAAUUUGAGCCAGGUGAAUCCUGGCAUUGUCACCUUGGAAUAUGCCGUGCCAUCAGGGAAGAAAAAAUCCAUUGAUGGAAUAACCUGGUCAUUCACUAUAUUCAGGUAGUCAGCUGACCUCAUUCUUUGGGCACAUAAUGUUGUUGAACCUAGACCUAGCAACCCCAGAUCAUAGCACUACCACUACAGGGUUGUACAGUAGGCACUAGGCAUGAUGGGUGCAUCACUUCAUCUGCCUCUCUUUUAACCCUGAUUCACCCAUUACUCUGGAAUAGGGUAAAUCUGGACUCAUAAGACCACAUGACCUUCUUCCAUUGCUCCAGAGUCCAAUCUUUAUGCUCCCUGGCAAAUUAAAGACAUUUUUCCGAUUAGCUUCACUUAUUAGUGGUUUUCUUAAGGCUACACGGCUGUUCAUUCCAAAUCCCUUGAGUUCCGGUCGCAUUGUGCUUGCGGAAAUGCUCUUACUUGCACUGUUAAACAUAACCCUGAGUUCUACUGUUGUUUUUUUACAAUUUGGUUUCACCAAACGUUUAAGUGAUCGCCAAUCACUAUCAACCAGGAUUUUUUUCCGACCCCUUUUUUUCCUCAAAGACAAUAAUUCCCCACUAUCAUUCCAGUUUUUAAUAAUCCGUUGCACAGUUCUUAACCCAAUAGUUUUCUCUACCUGCAUGCCAAUGAUUUGACCUUUCUCAAACAGAAUAUUCAACAUGUUUUUUUAAGAAAUGGGAAGCUACUUAUUGCAUCAGUUGGGGUAAAAUAACUUGUUGCCAGCAGAAAAAUAAUCGCCCAUGCAGUAACUAACAAUCCAACAGGAGGCUUUUUACAGGUGGCGACUAUAGUUUGGCCAGGCAGUGAAUUUUAUAAUGCUUUGUGUGGAUCAAAUCAGAUGGGCUUUUAGGUGUUGUACAAUGAAGAAAAUAAUGCAAAUUAUAUAUUUUCUCUGUUAUCUGUAGAUCAGUAAUAUUAUUUACAUACAUAUCAGAGCUCUUUCAUAAUUAAUAUCAAUUUCUGUUUUCUAGUGUUUAUUUGGAGAAUAAGGAAGAAAAACUCCGCAAAAGUGUGAAGCAAGUUUUGAAAUGUGACGUACUGAAGAAGAAUCCAUUUGAGCCACUUGUUCUGCCACCAGCUGAUUGUCUAAUAAGUUGUUUCUGCUUAGAGUCUGCAUGUAAGGAUGUGGCUACCUAUUGUAACACCCUUAAAAGCCUUAAGGACUUGCUCAAACCAGGAGGCCAUAUCAUAGUUCAGAGUGGAUUAAAUGGUACAUUUUAUUAUGUUGGGGAAAAAAAGUUUUAUGGCUUGACAACAACAAAGGAAGAUAUUGAGAAGGCUUUUAUAGAAGCUGGGUAUGAAAUUGUGAAAUUCACAGUGAAACCGUCCAAGCCUGGGUCACACAACUCCGAUUACGACAGCAUGUACUGCGUCCAUGCCCGAAAGCCAUGCAGUCUAUAA